AUGCUACCUUUUAAAACAGUUCAAAAUUUUUACCUUAUAGUUUUGGUGGUAACUUUGAUUGCUGCCUACUAUACCAUAGUAGUGGUUGAGGCAUCUCCUGAGUAUGAAUCACCAGGAGUUAACAAUCAAACAAAUAAUGAAACUAAUGUACGAACAGAAGGUGGUGACUCAAAAAUUUGUAAAGACGAUAAUAAACUUACUGAAGAACAAGCGAAUGAAUUACAGGAACUAAUUCAUGGCAUAUUUUAUACUGUGUUUUUCAUUUUCAAAUUUAUCUUUAGUUCAAUAUUCACAGUAGUUUAUCAAAUUUUAAGGCCAAUUAUUUUUUUAAUUAAACAAAUUUACCAUACGUUCUUCGUCGUACCGUUCGGGUUUAUGAAAUUGGCAUUUCUCACCGUUUACCCGGUGUUUACAUUUUUGGCAGUUGCUGCAUUACUUGGAAUUUGUUUUGGAGGCACAGCGGGAUGGAUUUCUGAAGUUAUUGUAGGUGUGUUGACCACUCCUGUUAAUGAUGAAGAACCAAUAACAACCGAAGUUGAUAAUAGGAGGCGCAUGGCAAAAUUAAAGAAACGCGCUGCUGCUCUAGCCAAUUUGAAGGCAAGAAAUGGUGGAAAACUUCCAGAAGAGUAUUAUAGUCGAUUUGCAAACGGUCGUCCAGCAGUGACAAGAAAGGGAUCAUCUCGUGGUUAUGAAAAGAUUGGAUAUGAGAAUGGUUAUAAGGGUUAUUCUAGUGCUGGAGUAGGUGAUUGA